CGUCUGCCCUUUAUGAUGUUGGACGUCUGCCAUCUUAUAUGCCACGACGCAACGUAACUCCGUGUCUGUCAGAAUUAGUCGUCGGGUCUUUCUUACUCAGGCCGACUGCUUUCACAAUGACCAAAGAGGAUUGGACGCUGGUAACCGACCGCAGCCAGAAGAAGAGAAUACAGAAUCGAGUCGCGCAGCGCACGUACCGCAACCGGAUAAAACAGAGGGUAGAGGAACUUGAGAAAGAGGUCAGCGAAUACAGACGUCGUGAGCAGGAGGCGGAGGGCAUCAAAGAUGGAGAAGCCAGUGCCAAUGGCAGCAGUGUGGCUAUGCAAAGCAGUGCCACGGACAUCCGCAGAAGCCCGGGGCGAGACAAAGAGAACCCAGCCGGACCCAGCCGUUCGAACUGUACCGCCACGAGCAGAGACCAAAGUACCAGCAACAAUAGCGAUAAGAGCAACGACAGGGCCAGCAGCAGCAACAGCAGUUACAUUUUAGAUAUGGAGAUGGCAGAUGGAGAUGCGAGGCCCAGCGACAUGGGGACGAUGCUGCAACCGGGAGGCUCGGCGAUACAGUCCCAGUGCUUGGCGCAACCAGGCCAUCCGCGAUCGCAAAUGCCCCCGCAAGUUGCCUUUGCAUCCUUCCCCGGAUUUGCCUCUCCGCCUUUGUCUCAGCCCUACAGUCUCAGCCCGGACUGGGGCUGGUCAAAUGUCGCCAGCAACAUGUACCGAGAGACCCUGCAUCAACAGAGCCUGCCUGCUUUCACUGGUAUCGGUGCAGGCAGACAAAGCAGCACAUGCAACGGUAACGCGGCGGGCUCGGACGCGUCGUAUCAGCUGUCAUCUGAAACUUCUUAUUUAGUCCGGCCAGGAGUUCAAGAACACAGCCACAUUCCGACACCAGAUGGGACCAUGGAUAUUCCCACCACAACUGCAGACCGGUCCUCAGACGGGGGCUCCAUAGGAGCUCCUAGUCCUGCUAGCUCAGGGAGCGUCUCAAGCACGACACCUCAACGGAACUACAACAACACAAUUACAGUGGACCCAUCUCUGAGAGACAGGCCAUUAGAGGAGAGAUUUGAGCAUCUUCGUCAGUGCAUGGAGAGUCUGGGCCUGGGAAGCCUCGAGGACAGUAUGGGACGGUAUUACACAGAAGACUUCGACCACGACUCCGAUAUAUCACAGGAUCAGCGCAACAGUAGACACAGCGAGCUACCUCUGUUGCUGGCCAAACUGCGUACAAACGCAAAAGGGUGGUCGCAGUGGGAGGCGCACGGCUAUCAAUAUGAGAUCAUCAAGUCCGCAGAGACCAUUGCUCGCUCUGAGAGAGCCGAAUGCGCCGCAUCACGAACGGCGUUUGCAGAUGUCUUGGUCGAGAUCGAGAAGCUGCCUACCGAGACUGAUGGGUUGGACAAUUCUUCAUUAUCAAAGGCAUUCCGACCUUUAACAAAACUGUUUCAGGACAAGGUUCCAAAGUUGUGGGCAUUGACCGAGUCGCUCGUCGGCUGCGACGAGAGCGCGAACCAAAGACAGCGCCGUUAUACGUCUCUCGCCAUCAUGUUACUUCUUUGUUGCUCUGGCCAAGUUCGAAAGCCGCAGAUGACAGCGUUGAUUGGUAGUUGCAUGGAAAUUGCGUAUGGCAGUCAGGCCUAGGGAGAAUGAGCGGAACAGCGGCUUGUUGCAAUUCUGGAUAUCUUUACAGAGGCGCCUCGGGGAAAGUAAAAUGAACAUGGAAAACAGGACGGGAUUCAUUGGAACCCAAAUUUCUUCUUGCCCACAGUAGAAACCUGAUAGAUAACUAGCGAGUGGUGC